GGCUGACGGAGGACGAGGACGUCCAGCGGAUGCUGCGGGGGUCCCUGCUCCGCAAGAUCAAGUCCCGGGGGGCCCCCAGGGAGCGGCUUUUCCGCCUGCAGGAGGACGGGGCCACCGUCUGCUUCGAGGGGGGCUUCGGGCGCUCCCGCUCCCAGCAGAGCUUCUCGGUGACACACGUGGAGGCGGUGCGGGAGGGACACCAGUCAGAAGGUCUACGCAAGUACGGUGCCGCCUUCCCCGAGCGGCACUGCUUCACCCUGGUCUUCAAGGGCAAGCGCAAGAACCUCGACCUGGCCGCCCGGGGCGAGGAGGACGCCCGCCACUGGGUGCAAGGGCUCACCAAGCUGAUGGGGCGGCUGCAAGCCAUGAGUCAACCCGAGAAGCUUGACCACUGGAUCCAUGGCGUCCUGCAGCGAGCGGACAGGAACAAGGACAACAAGAUGUCCUUCCGGGAGGUGAAGAGCAUGCUGAGGAUGAUCAACAUCGACAUGGACGAUGGCUACGCCUACCAGCUCUUCAAGGAGUGCGACCGCUCGGACAACGAGCGUCUGGAGGGCCGGGAGCUGGAGGAGUUCUGCCGACGGCUGCUGCGGCGGAGCAACCCCAGGGUGGACACAGCACUAGGAGGAUGGGGGAGGGACAUCAAGGGGACCUCCGCAUCCCCUGGGCGCUGCAGUGGCAGGUCUGGGGUGAACGCAGCCCCGCUGGGGGACAGGGGACACCCAGCGCGGCAGCAGGACCUGAUGAUGCUGGACGGCUUCAUGAUGUACCUCCUGUCAGCUGCUGGUGACAUCCUCAACCAGGACCACACCAAGGUGCACCAGGACAUGAGCCAGCCCCUGAGCCACUACUUCAUCUCCUCCUCCCACAACACCUACCUGACCCGCAACCAGAUCGGGGGCACCAGCAGCACCGAGGCCUACGUCAGGGCGCUGAUGGCGGGAUGCCGGUGCGUGGAGCUG